AUGAACGAUGAACAAUUCGCAUUAUUUUUACAUGCACAACAAAAUCAGCAAGAACAGAUUUUACAAAUCUUGAAGUUGUUGGUACCAGCAGCUUGCAAUACAACAGCCAAGAGCGUGACGAACGACUCUUUUACAAAACAUGAUACGGAUAACAAGAUAAGUAUAAUCAAAAAUUUCAAUAUGGAUAAAUACAACCCAGAUAGAUUCAGAAUUGAAGAUUACAUUGAUUUUUUCGAAAACAAAUGCAAAAUUCUUGAUAUCAAUAACAGCGACUUACAGAAGGAUUUACUUUUGAAUUUACUAACACCAGAGAUAUUCCACGAAUUAAAAGUGGCUUUAACGCCUGAUUUCGAUAUAGCUACAUACAGCGAAAUUUGUAACAAAUUAUUAGACCUCUAUCGCAUAAAAACGACGAGAUAUAGAGCCUUAACAGAAUUUUGGAAUUGCACUAGAGAACAAAAUGAAACGAUGGAGCACUAUGCAAACAGAUUAAAAAGUCUUAGUCGGGAUUGUGGCUACACUAAUGACUUCCUGGAACGACAAUUACGUGACCGCUUUGCCACUGGAUUGAAUCAUCCAGAUUUAGAAACCGACUUGAAACAAAAAUGGCCUGAUUUAAUUCAAAUGGUAGACGGAAUACCAAGAGAAGUAACCUUUCAACAAAUUUUUACAAUCUCUCAAUCAAGAGAACAGGCAGAACAAGACACACCACGAACAAGUAUUAAAAAAAUAAAUAGGCGCAAAACCAAAACCGUACCAUUACAUCAAAAUACAACACGAAAAUUAAAUCCAAUGCAUUGUUUACGCUGUGGAAAGAAAGAACGGCACAGCCUAUCACAGUGUCCAGCCAAGGACCAUAUUUGUAAAGAAUGUAACACGAAGGCACACUUUGAGAGUUAUUGCAUCAAGUCUGGACGGGCAUACAUCAGCUAUACAAAAGGGAGCCGAAAAUCAGUUAAAAAAAUAACAAGACAUCAUAAGUCCUCAACAUCAUCAUCAUCUAUCAGUAAUAACGAGGAAGAAAGCGAUGAUGAAGUUAUCUGCAGCGUCUUGGGUACACGUAAGAGAGAAUGCAAACAAAUCGAUGUACGCAUCAAUGACAUACCUUGCACUAUGGAUUGGGACCCCGGCUCUGCGUAUUCAAUAAUAAACACGACAUUAUGGAAAAAAUUAGGAUCACCAUCUUUACAACCCGCCCCGAAACUUAAGGCCUACGGUAACACAAACUUAAAAACAAAGGGAAUUACAAAAGUAACAGUCGAAGUCGACGGACUGCAAAAACUUCUACCUGUGGUCGUAAUGAAAAAUGCCAAACCAAUGUUAUUUGGUUUACAUUGGAGUGAAGUUUUUGAAAUGGAAUUUCCAAAACCAGUAUACUCCAUCAAAACAUCAACACCGAUGACUCUUAAACAAAUAUUGGAUAAACAUGUACAACUCUUUGAUGGAAAACUAGGAAAAGUUAACAAUUAUUACGUAAACAUACAUGUCAAACCAGAAGCUGAACCGAUCCACCUUCCUGCACGGCUUAUAAAAUUCAGCAUGAAAAAGAAUAUAGAAAGGGAGUUAGAUCGUCUGAUCUCAGAAGGGAUAGUGGAAAAAGUAGAUCCUAAUAUUACACCUAUUGAAUGGGCUACACCCACAGUUAACAUUCUGAAAUCUACAGGGGAAGUUAGGAUAUGUGGAGACUACAGAACUACACUUAAUCCAGUACUUAUUAAACAUCUUCACCCAGUUCCAAUUUUCGAUCAACUACGCCAAAAUCUCGCAAACGGUAAAUUAUUUUCAAAAAUAGACCUUAAAGACGCAUACUUACAAUUUGAAAUAGCACCAGAUUCGAAAAAGUACUUAACGUUGUCAACCCAUAAAGGGUAUUUCCAAUACAAUAGAAUGCCUUUUGGAAUAUCGACUGCUCCUUCAAUUUUUCAACAUUUUCUGGAUCAACUGCUAGGCGAUAUCACCAAUGUAGCUGUAUAUUUUGACGACAUAGCUAUAGCAGGGAAAGAUCUUUCAGAACAUUUACAAACUUUGUCUAUUGUAUUCGAUCGCUUACAAAACGCUGGCCUAAAAGUUAACUUAAAGAAAUGUAAUUUCUUACAGAAUCAGAUUGAAUACCUAGGUCACAUAAUAGAUAAACAUGGCAUCCACCCAACCAAAUCUAAAAUUGAUGCCAUAACUAAUGCUCCAGCACCGUGUAAUGCAAAAGAACUACGAUCAUUUUUAGGACUAGUUAAUUUUUACGAACGGUUUGUACCACAUCUUCACGGGAUUUGUUCGGAUCUUCACGAUCUAACUAGUGAAAAAAAUAGGUGGCGUUGGACUGAUCAUGAAAACAGAAUAUUUGAAGAUACAAAGAAAUGCAUAACUUCUUCACAACCAUUAAUUGCAUUUGACGAGAAACGUCCCCUUUAUUUAGCAUGUGACGCUUCCGAAAAGGGAUUGGGUGCAGUAUUAUUCCACAAAGACUCGAACAUAGAACAACCAAUUGCUUUUGCUUCAAGGAAACUACGUCCAGCGGAAAUGAAAUAUUCCGUUAUUGAUCGUGAAGCUUUAGCAAUAGUAUUUGGUAUAAAAAAAUUUGAUCAGUACUUGAGAGGAACAAAAUUUAAUCUAGUUACGGACCAUAAGCCUCUUAUACAUAUUAUGGGUGCACACCGCAACCUUCCUAAACUAGCCAAUAACCGAUUGGUAAGAUGGGCCCUAGUAGUGGGAAGUUAUCAAUAUGACAUUUACUACAGGAAAGGUGAAAAUAACACAUUAGCUGAUUGCCUUUCCAGAUUACCAAACCCUGAAACUGAACCCUCCGAGACAGAAGGGCUUGUACAUAAAAUAGAUCUACGUCUUUUGAGCACUCGAAUGACUGACCUUAAUCUAUCAGAACAGUUACUUAUGAAAACAACUUCAAAGGAUCAUAUACUCACAAAAGUUUGUCAAAAUUUAAAAACCGGCUGGAGAGAAUCAGAUUACAAUCCAGAAAUGAAACCAUUCUACAGAAACCGGACUGAAUUAUCUGUUGAGAAUAAGAUACUUAUGAGGCAAGGACGCAUCGUUAUACCUACAGCACUCCGAAAAGCCAUUCUUACAUACCUUCAUCGAGGACAUCCUGGCAUUUCUGCUAUGAAAGCACUUUCACGUUACUAUGUUUGGUGGCCUAACCUUGACGAAGACAUAGAAUUAUUUGUUAAGAAAUGUACCAGAUGCCAACAGAACCGCCCUUGUAAUCCUGAACUUCCUGUAUUUUCCUGGUCCAUACCAGAAGAAGUAUGGGAGAGAAUCCAUAUCGACUUUGCUGGACCGUUCGAAGGAUCGUAUUGGUUGGUAUUGUGCGACGCUCUCUCCAAAUGGGUGGAAAUACGACCGAUGAAACACAUUAACACCAGAUCACUUUGUCUUACAUUAGAUAACAUAUUUUGUACAUUUGGCUUACCAAAAAUGAUUAUAUCCGAUAAUGGACCUCAAUUUACAUCUUAUGAAUUUAAAGAAUAUUGCACAAAACAGUCUAUUUUACAUGUCACAUCAUCUCCAUAUCAUCCUCGGACAAAUGGGCUGGCAGAACGUUUAGUCAGAACAUUCAAAAAUAGAAUGGCAUCGGUAGACAACACAAAUCUCGAGCGCCGACUAUUAGAAUUUUUGUUUACAUACAGAAACACUCCGCACUCGUCCACUGGUAAAUCUCCAGCUGAGAUGAUGUUUGGACGACAAUUGAAUUGCAUACUUUCCAACAUUCGGCCAGACAAAAGAAGAUUAAUGCAGUAUUUACAAGUAAAAGAAAACAUUCGUACCACAUCACCGAGUUACCGACCAAGUGACCAAGUAUAUAUUAAAACACGCAAUGAUAAAAUAUGGGAACCAGCGGUAAUUACAUCCCGAAAACAUAAAUAUUCAUAUAUUGUUUCAACACCAGGAGGACUAGAAAAACGAAGACACGCUGAUCACAUCAGGCCACGCGAGUCCUCCACCUCAGAAACCCCGAGGAAUGAAAGGGCGCAUUCUUCUAUGCUGCCGGCGACUGCUUCUCCAGACAUUGGAAUGGACACAACAAUUGACGAAAGGCUAACUAAAAACAAGAAUUCGGCAGCAGUACCAUUACCUACACCGCAGUCACCUACAAAUGUACAAAUUUCUCCAAAUUCACCUUCACAGCAUUCGAAGUUAUACUCCUCACCUGCUCCGGUCUCCACUCCUGUGCCAUUUGCUCCGCGUCGAAGUAAUCGACGUAUACAGGCACCCCGCCGUCUGAUCAACGAGAUGUAG